CAGACCAGGGGUGUGCUUUAGCUUAUCACUGCUAGCUGCUAAUUGCUAAUCUUCCAACGAUGUUUAUUUGCAGGGGAACAACCGUUAGUCAGUUUCAAGUGAGCAAAUAAAAAAAUGUGUGCUGAAGGGGAUUUUUUUUUAAUUCAGCUGCCAACAGUUUUUAGAAUAUCCGGUUUUCUUUAUUUCUCCAAACAUGAUGCUUUGGAGUCAGGAGUGGGUGGACUGAAGGUUAAGUGUUGAAACUGAGAUUCAGUGCAUUUGAGAUGGAGAGACUUGAGCAAUUGACUGUCUCUUUGCUGCUCCAAGCUGUCUUAAUUUUCCAGUAAAGACGGAAGCUUUGCUACACCACGCUGCACUGUUACCUUUUAACAUGAAUGACAGCCCAUUUACUCAAUUGUUUCGUGGAAAAGUCUAUCAGGACACACUACCUGUUCCGUGAAACCUCUGUGUGUUUGCCUCCGUAACCCCUCCUGAUGGCGAAUCUUGUUGCUUCUGCCUACUGUGUGGUGCUGGCGAUUCUGCUGGUGCGUACUCGAAGCCACAGCGGGCCGGAUGGACGAAAAUACUACAAACGGAUUGGAACCAAUGUAACCCUGCCGUGCGAGACUUCUGACAGUCAUACUCCAGUGCAAUGGAGAUUUAAUGGACAUGCAAUAAUCCACAAUGAAGGUCACUUUCUUCAAGGCACCAACCUCACCCUCAUAAACCUAGAUUCAUCACACAGUGGGACCUACAGCUGCCAUGAAAAGCACAGUGGAAGCUUGAAGAAUCAAAUAAUUAUUCAAGUUGGAAACUCUCCGGGACAACCCAACGUGGUCUGCAGAUCAAAUGCCUACCCUGACAUGUUCUACUGUACAUGGCAGUUGGCAAGCCCAACUUACAUCCCAACCGAAUUUGACAUCUCCGUAAGGCAUGGAGAUAAGGAAAUUGAGAGCAUUAAGGGAGCCAACCAUAAGAACAGGUGCAACAUAAGAUUUCCAGAAAUGUUUUCUACAAGCAAGUACACAGUGACAGUAACAGCAAGGAAUGCACUGGGCUCCAACUUUUCAACCAUUUCAUUUAAUGAAAUUUCCAUAGUGAAACCAGAUCCUCCAGAGAUAAUUGAAGUAAAUACAAUUCCUAAAUCUCCAAGCAGACUGGAAGUCAAAUGGAGAAAUCCAGAGUCAUGGCCUGAGCCCGAUACUAUGCCCCUCAAGUACUUCCUGAGGUACAAGCCUGUCAUUCUGAAUGACUGGCAGCAUGUCGAGGUGACUGAUGUUCCAUUUCAUACAAUCACUGAUGCGUAUGAAGGGAAAGAGCACAUUAUACAAGUCGCUGCUAAGGACAGUGAGAUUGGGACCUGGAGUGAGUGGAGUAAGGCUGUACACGCAACACCAUGGACUGCAUUGGCAUCAGAUUACAAGCCUGAAGAAAAUAUUAACAAUGUUUCAGACAUCUUAACCAGUACAACUCCAAGCGUUAGUGCCAACCGACAAAACAACUCUCCGAAAGUGGAAUUGUCCAUGAUCUUGUUCCUCGGCAUGCUCAUGGUUUUAUUUAUCUGACCGUUACUUUGUGUAUCUGUAGUAAAAGACAAAAGCAGUUAUGAGAAUCCGUGCUUUUUAUUUUGCACAUGUGAUGGAUCCAAUGCAUCUCCCUUUUCAACAUGAUUCCCAAAAAUAACUCCUCGGAAUGCGAAGCUCAGAUCCCUGUGAAAGUUCACAGAACACGGACACAUUAACAGAAGGAAAGCAAAAGCAUGGAUCUCGACUGGACACACCAUCACGCUGAAGUAUUUUCUUUGAAGGGCAAAAAUGAAUACCAUUUAAUCUUGCAUCUGGUGAGGGAAAUAUUUUCCAAAAAAAAAAAUGAAUGUGAACAAAACCAAUCACAUACAGCUAAAUCAUCAUGCCAAAGACACCGUGAUCUCCAUGACCUUUUUCCACAAUGCUCUGCUUUCCGAAAUACAGGCAUCUGUUUAGUGAGGGCAGUUGCCAAUAGAUGAUGGUUUACUGUUCGUGACAGCACUGUGAAAUUUUGAGUGUGAGAAUUGUGGUCAGUAGGUUUAUUACAAUUGGUUUGAAACAAUGUUUUGUACUUAUGGCUGAUAUCAAAUGAUGGGAUGUCUUGCUCCACUAUGAACAUUAUGCCCUAAAUUGCCUGUGACGGACUGCAUUGUUUUUUUUUACUGGAAGACAUUUGUAUGCUAUUCAGUUAUGACAAUAGAAGAUUCUGUUGUGUUUUAAAAAAGCACAUAUCUUGAUUAUUAUCUUUCCUUAAAUAACAAUUAAAAAGAACAAAAACAUAAAAGGGAUCAAUUUAACUUUUCACAUACUGUCCAAGAGUGCCACCUACAUAAACUUGACGCAGUUAAAUUUAGUUGUGCAGGGAAAUCAUAGGUUCUCUGCUACCUUUCAAUUACCAUGGAAUUAAUUUUUAUUGAAAUCAGUAGCUCAGUCCUCAAAUUUCUUCUUUAAAGAAGUUAACAAUUUAUCGUUAAAAUUCAAAAAUGACUUAUUUAACAAGUAGUGGUUAAGUGUUAGAAUUAGACCAUUGUAAGUAUUAGAAUCAGAUUUUUUUUUGAUUAAAACAAAAUAACACUUGUUA